CAUACUUCUAUUAAAUAUACCGUUAACAGAAGAACCUCCGCAAUUGUUCCGCUUUUUAUUGAUUUAAAAGCUGCUGAACGAGUUGUAAAUGCCGGAUUUGUAUUUAUAUAAGUGCUAUCGUUACAGUACAGCGUGUUUCUUUCUGAGCGUUCCUUGCUUCUUCUUUAACUUUUUGUAUGCUUCUUCUUUUGAUUAAAUAAACAAGUAAACAGCUGAUGAAUGCGACGGUAUUGUGAAUGAAAUUCAUCUAUUAAAGCAGACAGGUUUGACGUAUUGCUCAUCUGUAAGAAAAACGAAUAAAAAUGGAGCAAAAGCAACGCACAGCACAGAAACAAGCUGAUCUAGCCUCAGCCACAACGGCCGCUGUUUCGGAUGAAGAAGAGGAAGAUGGAGGACCACUGGACGUCCUUAAACUACAAGGUAGCAACAUUAAUCCCAGGGACAUAAAACUACUGCAGCAGGCCAGUUUACAUACAGUGGAGUCGGUGACAUAUGCGACGCGUCGUCAGUUGCUGAAUAUCAAAGGUCUGGGCGAAUCCAAAGUGGAUCACAUUAUGAAGGAGGCGGCGAAGUUGAUACCUUUAAGCUUUACCAGCGCACGCACCUUUCAUCAGAUGCGCUCCGAAGUGGUAAUGCUCACAACGGGCUCCAAAGAGUUGGACAAACUGCUUGGCGGUGGCAUUGAGACGGGUUCAAUUACGGAAAUCUUUGGGGAAUUUCGUUGUGGCAAGACCCAAAUCUGCCAUACGCUGGCCGUAACCUGCCAGCUGCCUAUCAGUCAGAAUGGUGGCGAAGGCAAAGCCUUGUACAUUGAUACCGAGGGCACAUUUCGGCCGGAACGCUUGUCGGCAAUUGCACAAAGAUACAAUAUGGAGGAGGCGGAUGUCUUGGACAAUGUGGCCUGUGCACGUGCCCACAAUACGGAUCAGCAGACGCAACUGGUUCAAAUGGCAGCAGGCAUGAUGUUUGAAUCGAGAUACGCCCUAAUCAUUGUGGACAGUGCGAUGGCGCUAUAUCGCUCCGAGUAUAUUGGACGCGGAGAAUUGGCAGCGCGUCAAAAUCAUUUAGGCCUGUUUUUGCGCAUGUUGCAGCGCUUGGCGGACGAAUUUGGCGUUGCGGUGGUCAUAACGAAUCAAGUAACCGCGCAAGUAGAUGGAGGUGCAGCAUUGUUUGUGGCCGAUGCAAAAAAGCCAAUUGGUGGUCAUAUCAUGGCACAUGCAUCGACGACACGGCUAUAUCUGCGUAAGGGCAAAGGAGACGCGCGAAUCUGUAAGAUCUAUGAUUCGCCCUGUUUGCCCGAGUCAGAGGCCAUGUUUGCUAUAUUACCCGAGGGAAUUGGCGAUGUUAAGGAAAAGGAUUGAUAGGGUUUGACUCGAAAGCAAUUAAAUGUUUUUGAUAUAAAUUUAUGAAGAGGAAGCUAAGCUAAGGUUAAUUGUAAAGACUUUAAGUUAACAUUUUUUGUAUGGGAUAGGCAUUUAAUAAAUAUUUUACA